AUGGGCUUCUUGAGCGGUAGCGAUGUUGACGUGUCUUCGAAGUGGUUGAGCUGCGGGAUACAAGGUUGGAUGGCACAACGUAUCAUCAGGCAAGCAAUUCUAUUGCGGAGCUGUACAUGGGCGGUAUCUGCAGCGGCUGAUUGGGAUGAGCUUCUGGAUAUAUGCAGUGGAAUUAUGGUAGGGUUCCUGAUAGAUGUGGCAUCCAUGGACUCAUCCAUUGUGAUGGUAGGAUUGUGGUAUGAUGUGGUGGAUGUGGUUAUAGUGGUGCAAAUCAUAUCCGCAAGUUCGGUUUCCUUGCAGGUAAGAUCAUCAAGAGCCAAGAUGGUAACGGUAGCUGUUGGUUCCAUUUCGCCACCUUUUGUGGUCGCGCCAAUAGAUGUCAAAGGCGUCCAUAAGCUCCGUGGCGUUGGGUUGAUUCUCGAUGAAGCUUAUGGCAUGUUCAUAGCGCUGCUGGAAGGUCUCCAAUAUUUCAAUGAAGACCUUGUCGUUCCUCAUAUCCUCGAUUUGACGCUGGAGUGUUGCUAUCUGCACUGCUGA